AUGGAGACACAUAUUAAUACUCACUCUCAGCUGAUCAAACGUCUCAGGGCACACCCCGUCUCUGUUCCCAACCUAUUACCCAUCUUCUCAUCUUGGCCUGGGGCCGUUAAUCCUCACUGGACGGCUUUGGUUCCUGUGAUAAAUGCAAGAAUUGACAGUUCAACACUAAUAAUCAAAAGCCUAUUCCCAGAGCCAGUGAAGGCUACAAAGCUCAAGAGGUGUGACUUUGCUCAUCUUGCCGCGACGCGGUGGCCCCUGGCUGGCUUCAAGGAACUUUAUAUUCUCGCCUUUCUCUCCCUUUGGCUCGUCACCUGGGAUGACCAAAUUGAGGACACGAAAGAUUCCUUGAGCAACGACUUUGAAGCUGCUGAGCAGUACCGUCGUGAAACCCUUUACUUUGUGGCUCAAUGCCUUGACCUGGAUCUCACUGAAGGCUUACCCCGUAGUUACAAUGACUCUAUUUUUGUGCCAGACGACCCUAUUGUCCAAAGUUUUGAUGUGAUUGGCGAAGCGCUUUGUGAUGCAUAUACUUAUGAGCAACGGCACGGGCUUCUCAAGGAGAUGUCUCUUUUCAUGGUAACGUCGCAUAUGGAGCAGAAAGCAAAACUCGAAGGGCAGAUUCCCAGUCCCGAGGAAUACUGGAGAGUGCGAAUGGGCACCAGCGCAGUUGGUGUUAUAUGUGCUGUUAACGAAUAUAGUCUUCGGUCCGUAAUACCCCGUGCUAUCAUGGAGGAUCAUGAUAUGAGAGCAAUAUGGAAUGAAGUGAACGUCAUUGUUUCAAUAGUCAAUGAUAUUUACUCCCUGAAAAAAGAGAUGGUUCAUAAUACCAUUUAUAGUCUUAUCCCUAUCCUCUGCAUGUCGCUGGGGAGCCCGCAAGCGGCUAUAGACAAUGCAAUUCGGUCGCUCAUCCAAUCUGUGGGUCGAUUCAAUGUAGCGGCCAACCGACUGAUGGAUGGGAUUGAGGAGGAAGAUAGGUUCUCACUGUCCCUGGGAGUCAAGAGAGACGUGGAGGAUUUCAUUCGUAGUUGCCAAUUCAACUGUACCGGCAGCUUGUACUGGACGUAA